AUGAAAAAUAUCAGUAUUAUUACUGAGUUUGUCCUUCUGGGAUUGUCCAGUGACCCCCAGAUCCAGACAGUGCUCUUUGUGCUGUUCCUGGGGAUUUACCUGCUGACAUUAGUGGGGAACACAGUGAUGAUCCUGAUCAUCAAGGCUGAUGCUCAGCUCCACACACCCAUAUAUUUCUUCCUCGGACACCUGUCUUUCCUGGAUCUCAGUUUCUUCUCAGUCACUGUGCCCAAAAUGCUAUGGAACUUCUUGUCUCAGAAGAAAAGCAUCUCAGUGUGGGGCUGUAUCACUCAGAGUUUCUUUUUCACUCUCUCAGGGGGGACAGAAGCCUGCCUUCUCUCCGCCAUGGCCUAUGCCCGCUAUGCCGCUAUCUGCCACCCUCUGCUCUACACUGUGGUCAUAAACAGACCUCUCUGCACUGGGAUUGUGAGCAUAGCUUGGGCAGUGGGGUUUUCUAUUUCCUUGAUGAAUAGUCUCUUUGUUCACAAGUUACAUUUCUGUGCUUCCGACAUCAUCCGCCACUUCAGUUGUGAGCUACCUCCACUCUUCCCUCUGUCUUGUACUGACCCCACUGUCAACGAGAUUCUUCUAGCUGUGUCAUGUACAUCUUUAGGGCUGCUGACACUUCCCCCAAUCCUCUUUUCUUACUCAAGAAUCAUUUCUGCCAUACUGAGUAUCCGCUCCUCUGAGGGCCAAGGCAAGGCCUUCUCCACCUGUUCCUCCCACCUCACUGUGGUGCUCCUGUUCUAUGGGACGGCUCUGUUCAGGUACAUCAGCCCUGACUCAGGCUCAGUGUUGGAGCGAGUGGUCUCCAUUCAAUACAGUGUGAUCACUUCCUUGCUGAACCCCCUUAUCUACAGCUUCAAGAACCAGGAGGUAAAAGCUCUACAGCGACUGCUGAGGCAACAGAAGUGUGCCAGCAGCGCCGCCGCGGCCGCCGAGCCCCGGAAGCGGGCGGGGAUUUCCUGUGCCCGCCCCACCCGCGCUCGCCGGGCCGCCGUCUCCGCCUGUCGCUGGCUCCGCGGACGCCGGCUCCGACGAGGCGAGGACGGAGGGGAGGGGCAGGCGGCGCCCGGGACGGAGACACCGGGCUGCAGGCCAAACCGACCCGGGUUUUCUGUCAAUGGUCUGGAGAGUCUCACAUCUGGCCUGCGAAAGAGGCUUCCUAUCAAGGGACUCUGCUGCUAG